AUGUCUGGGCCGAGGCGGGCGAAGUCUAUGGAUUUUUCUCAGUCCAAGGUGCGGCCAGUGCUUGGGCCGGCCGGAAACAAAGCUAGAUCCGUGGAAUUGAGGAAGCCCAUCGGAAAAAUCAACAGUGAAAAGGUUCAGAAAUCACAAGACAUUGACGACAACGAGAAGAAGACACCGGCAACGAUGCAGUCUCCAGUGACUCUGACAGAUCAUUUGGCGUUGAAGUUGGAUUCAAAGUGGGUCAAUGGUCGUGCCGCUUCGAUUCUGAGGCAGCAGAAGCCUGAUUUGUCACUGACUGCUUCGUGUUCCUCUGAUGCUUCCACUGAUUCUUCACAUAGCCCAUCUACUGGGAGGAUUAGCCGGAGGAGGGUGACACUGACACCGACAAUGAAGAGGAAGCAGCAAUGCAGCCCAAAAGCGUGGAAUGCUCAGAUGAGUUUCGAUGGUGAGAGCGAGGAUAUGGAUCUGGCUAAGAAAAGGUGUGCUUGGGUGACUUCGAAUACUGAUCCAUCUUACGCUGCUUUUCAUGAUGAAGAGUGGGGAGUUCCUGUCCAUGAUGAUAAGAAACUUUUUGAAUUGUUGAGCUUUUCCACUGCAUUGGCUGAACUGACAUGGCCUGCCAUUCUUAACAAAAGGAAUAUAUUUAGAGAAGUCUUUCUGGACUUUGAUCCAAUUGCAGUGUCAAAAUUAAAUGAGAAGAAAGUAGCAACACCAGGAACUCCUGCCAGCUCUCUUCUGUCGGAACAUAAGCUGCGAGCAAUAAUCGAAAAUGCACGUCAAAUCUGUAAGAUAAUAGAUGACCUAGGGUCUUUCGACAAAUAUAUAUGGAGUUUUGUUAACUACAAGCCUAUAAUUUGUAAUUUCCGCUAUCCUCGACAAGUUCCUAUUAAGACUUCAAAAGCAGAUACCAUAAGCAAAGACUUGGUUAGAAGAGGGUUCCGAGGAGUUGGGCCUACAGUUGUGUACUCAUUUAUGCAAGCAGCUGGAAUUACAAAUGACCAUCUCAUCAGCUGUUUCAGAUAUCAGGAUUGUAUAGCUGCAGGAGAUUUAAGAAAUGAGGAUGAAGGCCUCAAGACGAUGAAUGAAGGCGAGACAGCAGAAGAGAUCAUUGAAUUGGAACUAGGUAGAGCUAUUGAUGAUUUGGGUUUUCACCACUUGGUAUAA